AUGAUGCCUCACAGAAAGCGAAGCCGUGACGCUGAUGCUGUCACUGCUGCUUCAAAAGUAUCAACGUUCUCUUCAUGUUUUGAGCUUAGCAAUGGAAGCAAUGAUAGUGAUGAUGAUGAUGACGAUGACGAUGAUGAAGUAGAGAAUGUUAUGUUUCGUCCUGCUCAGACAAAAGCUGACGAUGACGUAGCAACUGAACAGGAUCAAGAGAAUGUUCAGGUGAGGAAGGAAAAGAAAAAAAAACAGAUUGUGAAGAAGCAGCCGCUGAGUGAAGAAGACGAAGAGAUGAAAGACGAGAUUGAGCGCAAGACGGAAGCUACAAUUUACGUGGAAGGAAUUUCGUAUCGAGCUAAUGAGAGUGACUUGGUGACACACUUUUCGUCUUGUGGUGCAGUACGUGAGGUGCGUUUGGCACGUUAUCAGGACUCGGGCAAACCUCGUGGCUAUGCGCACGUGAUGUUUGACAAUGAAACGGCAACGGAAAAGGCUUUGGAGCUAGAUGGUAAGCACUUGUUUGGUCGCUAUUUGUCAAUUCGAAGAGCAGAAACACCGCGUGCUGUGGAGAUGGCGUUGAAGGAGAAGAACCAGAAUGCGACGAAGACGGCGGUGAAAGGAUGUCGGACAGUUUACAUUAAGCAGCUGCCGUAUGAAGUUGAGGAGGACAUCAUUCGUGAAGCUUUGUCUUCGUGUGGCACUAUCACCAGUGUACGGCUGCCGAUUUGGAAGCAUACCCAGAAGCUAAAAGGUUUUGGAUACGUGGAGUUUUCAAGCGAGGACGAAGCAUUGGCUGCUGCUCGUCGUAGUGGUAUGAAGAUUGGUGAUCGGAUGGUACUUAUUAGUCUAGAUGCUGCAGGAAGUGCACCUAAAUCCAGCUUUCGCCAACGUGACGGGCAGUACUGGAGUAAGGGCGAGGAGGCAAAAAAAUCGCUGGCAAAAAGGAUUAGUGAGAAACGGCAGCGCCAGAAUGUACACAAAAAGCGGAAGACAGCACGCAAGUAG